AUGACUCAGCCACCCGAUUAUUCAACCGAAGAGCCCUCUCGAAUUCCGCCAUUUUCGGGGCAAAACUUUUCCCCUGUUGCUGACUUUUUUUGGACCCCCGCCCGCCUACGAGGAAGUGAAAGACCGACUCGUUUGGCGCCGAAGCUGACCGGCGAUGGAUGGGCGGCGGAGAAAUCCGGGAAAAUCCCGAUUGAAACCUCACCAAAAACAAGUCCAGUGGACGAUCGUCAAGUGGCGAUGAUGGCAAAAGUGGAAAUGAAUCGAGAUGAGGAAAAUGAGAGGAUGAUGGAGGAAGAGAAUGCGAUAAAUGAGCAGGAUAUCGAUCAACCAUCGACGAGUUGUCAAGAUUCCUCUUAUGCAGCUCGUUUGGAGCGAAUGUUUGGAGAGUGUGGUGAGCGAUUGGAAAGAAGAUUCGAGAUGUUGGGUAGAUCGAUCGAGAAUCAAUCGAAUACAGCUGGCCAUGUGAUUGAGAGAGAAGCGGGCAAGAUUGGGGAAAAGUUCGAGAAACUCUUCACCGCGACAAACAAGAAAUUCGACGCUGAGUGCACGUGGGCACAAAAGAAAAUGGAAGCGACGCAAUUGAAAGAAAAACAAAAACAAGAAGAGAAGAAAUUGAAAGAAGGUUGGAAAGAAGAAAAACAAAAACGAAGAGAGAAAUUCGAUGAAUUGAAACAAAGGAAAUCCGAAUUGAAAAAAGAAAAGAAACGGUUGAGAGAAGAGUUGAAGAAAGUGAAGAAACAAGAAGAAGAGGAUUGGAAAGAAUUCCACAAGAGAAAAGAGGCCGAAUGGCAUGAAAAGCUGAAAGAAUGGAAAGAGAUGUGGAUGAAGAAAUACAAGAAGAAUAAGGAAGAGACAAAAGAGGCAAAAGAGGCAAAAGAGGCAAAAGAAAAGAAGAAUGAAUGUUCGAUCUCAGCAUCGACUUCUUCAGCCACUACUCCAACCACUCCUACGAAAGAAUCACAAUCUCCAACAAUUGAA